GAGGAGCUUCUCUGUAUAUCUCUCACAUAUUCAUCAGAUCCCACCCUUCAAAAGCAAAAGCAAAAGCUCUCUCUCACUUUCCCUCGCUACGCUCUCACUUUCUCUCUCUCUCUCUCUCUACGAUUUCUAACCUUUUAUCUCUUUGAUUACUCUCACCAAAAACAGCAACCCUAUUUUCGUUUGCUUCAACCAGACGAUGAACUCCGGUCUAGGGUUUCGGUGACCCUCUUCUAUCUUCAAGGUUCCGAGCAUUUAGAUCCGAGGUUCCUAAGGUUUGUGGGAACCUUUGAAUUAUUAUAAACUCAGGCCCUUCUUCUAUAACAUCUAACUCUUCAACUUCGGCUUCAGUUCAUUCCAUUUGGGUGUCUCUGCUUUGAACCCAAAAGAUGCAGAGGCCUCCACCAGAGGAGUUCUUGUUGAAGGAGACCAGUCCCCAUCUUGGAGGGGGAAAGGUUACCGGUGACAAGCACACCAGCACCUAUGACCUCGUUGAACAGAUGCAAUAUCUCUAUGUACGAGUUGUCAAGGCGAAGGAGUUGCCAGCAAAAGAUGUCACUGGUAGUUGUGACCCUUACGUGGAGGUAAAGCUCGGAAACUACAAGGGUACAACUAGGCAUUUUGAGAAGAAGUCAAAUCCUGAGUGGAACCAGGUGUUUGCUUUCUCCAGAGAUCGGCUUCAGUCUUCAGUGCUUGAGGUAACAGUCAAGGAUAAGGAUUUGGUGAAGGAUGAUUUCAUCGGUCGGGUUUGGUUUGAUAUGAAUGAGAUUCCGAAACGGGUUCCCCCAGAUAGUCCAUUGGCACCUCAGUGGUAUAGGUUGGAGGACAGGAAGGGGGAUAAGGUUAAGGGGGAGCUGAUGUUGGCUGUUUGGAUGGGUACCCAAGCUGAUGAAGCGUUUCCUGAGGCAUGGAAUUCAGACGCAGCAGGAGUUAGUGGAACUGAUGGUCUUGCUAAUAUUCGUUCGAAGGUAUACCUCUCUCCUAAGCUUUGGUAUUUGAGGGUCAAUGUAAUUGAAGCUCAGGAUUUGCAACCAGGGAAUCAGGGUAGGUUCCCGGAAGUGUUUGUGAAGGCUAUCCUGGGGAAUCAGGCUUUAAGAACCAGGAUUUCUCAGAGCAGGUCUAUUAAUCCUAUGUGGAACGAGGAUUUAAUGUUUGUAGCAGCAGAACCAUUUGAGGAACCGUUGGUAUUAAGUGUAGAGGACAGAGUUGCACCGAACAAGGACGAAGCUCUGGGGAAGUGUGCAAUUCCUUUGCAGUAUGUGGAUAGGAGGUUGGAUCAUAAACCUGUGAACAGUAAGUGGUUUCAUCUUGAAAAACAUGUUAUUAUAGAAGGGGACCAGAAGAAGAAGGAAAACAAAUUUUCCAGCCGGAUUCAUAUGAGGAUCUGCUUGGAAGGUGGUUACCAUGUCCUGGAUGAAUCAACUCACUAUAGCAGUGACCUUCGACCGACAGCGAAACAGUUGUGGAAGACCAGCAUUGGGGUACUGGAACUGGGGAUUUUAAAUGCUCAGGGCCUGAUGCCAAUGAAGACAAAAGAUGGGCAUGGAACGACAGAUUCUUAUUGUGUGGCAAAAUAUGGUCAGAAGUGGGUUAGGACAAGGACUAUUAUCGACAGCUUUACACCCAAGUGGAAUGAGCAAUAUACUUGGGAAGUAUUUGAUCCGUGUACCGUCAUAACAAUUGGGGUGUUUGAUAACUGUCAUUUGCAUGGAGGAGAUAAGUCUGGAGCUGCAAAGGAUUUAAGAAUUGGGAAGGUAAGGAUUCGUCUUUCAACCCUUGAAACGGAUCGGGUUUACACACACUCGUAUCCGCUUCUAGUUCUACUCCCCGGUGGGAUGAAGAAGAUGGGUGAAAUUCAUUUGGCUGUGAGGUUUACUUGCUCCUCGUUACUUAAUAUGAUGCACAUGUACUCACAUCCACUUUUGCCUAAAAUGCACUAUAUUCAUCCAUUAACUGUUACCCAGCUUGAUAGCUUGAGGCACCAGGCAACUCAAAUUGUAUCGAUGAGAUUGAGCCGGGCUGAGCCACCGUUGAGGAGAGAGGUGGUGGAGUAUAUGUUGGAUGUGGGCUCCCACAUGUGGAGUAUGAGAAGGAGCAAAGCAAACUUUUUCAGGAUUAUGGGAGUUUUGAGUGGCUUAAUUGCUGUAGGAAAAUGGUUUGAUCAGAUUUGCAACUGGAAAAACCCCAUCACAACCGUAUUGAUUCAUAUCUUGUUUAUAAUACUGGUCAUGUACCCUGAGCUCAUCUUACCCACAAUUUUUCUCUACCUUUUCUUGAUUGGGGUUUGGUAUUACCGAUGGAGGCCAAGGCAUCCUCCCCACAUGGACACUCGUCUUUCUCAUGCAGAUACUGCACAUCCCGAUGAACUUGAUGAAGAAUUUGAUACAUUUCCAACUUCCCGGCCUGGCGACAUUGUAAGGAUGCGAUAUGAUCGGUUGAGAAGUAUUGCUGGGAGGAUUCAGACAGUGGUAGGUGACUUGGCUACUCAAGGGGAGAGGCUACAAUCUUUGCUGAGCUGGCGUGAUCCAAGAGCAACAGCUCUGUUUGUGAUUUUCUGUCUGGUUGCUGCUAUUGUCCUCUAUGUAACACCAUUCCAAGUUGUGGCACUUCUCACAGGAUUUUAUAUGUUGAGACAUCCAAGGUUUCGUCAUAAGCUUCCUUCAGUACCAUUGAAUUUCUUCCGGAGGUUGCCGGCAAGGACAGACUGCAUGCUAUGAGUAAAGCAAUUUCAUCUUCAAUUGCUUUUGCGUGGGAUGAGUGAGUUCUCCUCGAUUGGGUUGAGUCAGCAGAAACAAAUGGAGCUUGUCUGCUCUCCUCGUUUGGCAGAUGUUGAAUUCUGUGUGUAACCUUCCUCUGAAGGUAGUAGAUUUUGGGAUUUGCUGCUUAAUCGAUGCCAUUUUAUGGUAUUUCUGUUUAAAGCUUGACUUUAUGGUAAUCAGUUAUUGUUCAUCUAUAAUUUUGUAGGUUGUGAAUUAGCCUAUGCUGAACCAUAUCCAUGCUUAAUUAUAUUACUAGAUUUUGCUUGAUGGAA